AUGGGGUUGCCUCUGCCUGGGAAUAGCAAACCUUUCAUCCAGCUCUGGAACAGGCUCAGACAUAAGUUACAAGGCAAAAAAUACUGGACUCGGCGUCUGGAUGAAAUCCACCUGCUGCAGCAGAAAAGAAUCUGGGAGUCUCCACUUCUCCAGGCUGCCAAGGAAAACAAUCUCCGGGCCAUCAAGAAACUGAUCUCUGAUGGCACCUGCGAUGUCUAUCAAAGAGGCGCAGUGGGAGAAACAGCUCUUCAUGUGGCUGCCUUGUAUGAUAAUAUGGAGGCUGCUCAGGCUCUGAUGGAGGCAGCUCCAGAACUCGUUAAUGAGAGGAUGACAUCGGAGCUAUAUGAAGGGCAGACAGCUCUCCAUAUUGCCGCAGUGAAUCAGAACAUUAAUCUGGUGAAGGCUUUGCUCAAGAAGGGGGCCUAUGUCUCCAGCCCACGGGCCACUGGACUCUUCUUCAGGCGCAGCGCCCAUAACCUUAUCUACUUUGGGGAGCAUGUUCUAUCAUUUGCUGCCUGCAUGGGGAGUGAGGAGAUCGUCCGGUUGCUCAUUGAAAAUGGAGCUGACAUCAGAGCACAAGAUUAUCUGGGGAACACUAUUCUCCACAUCCUGGUUCUCCAGCCCAACAAGACUUUUGCCUGUCAGAUGUACAACCUGCUUCUCUCCUAUGACAAGAGCGAUGGGAGUCUGGGAACCCUGGACUCAAUUCCAAACAAUGAGGGGCUCACUCCAUUCAAACUGGCUGGAGUGGAAGGCAACACCGUGAUGUUUCAGCACCUCAUGCAGAAGCGAAAGCACACUCUGUGGACUUUUGGCCCCAUGACUUCUGUCCUCUAUGACCUCACAGAAAUUGACUCCUGGGGUGAAGAUCAGUCCUUCCUGGAGCUCGUUGUCUCAACCAAGAAGAGAGAGGCCCGUCAGAUUUUAGACCUGACACCUGUGAAGGAGCUGGUGAGCCUGAAGUGGAAUAUGUAUGGACAUCCCUAUUUCUGUUUCCUGGCCUUGUUCUACGUGCUGUACAUGAUUUGCUUCACCAUGUGCUGUGUUUACCGACCUCUGAAAGCUCGAUCAGAAAACAAAACGAAUGACAGAGACAACACCAUCUACGUCCAGAAAAUGCUGCAGGAAUCCUAUGUGACAUAUGAGGAUGAACUCAGGCUGGUCGGGGAGCUGAUCACAGUAAUUGGAGCUGUAGUGAUAUUGAUCCUGGAGAUUCCAGAUAUCCUUAGAGUUGGAGCCACCAAGUACUUCGGACAAACCAUCCUGGGAGGACCAUUCCACGUCAUCAUCAUCACCUAUGCCUGUAUGAUCCUGGUGACCAUGGUGAUGCGUCUCACCAGCACCACUGGAGAGGUGGUCCCCAUGUCCUUCGCCCUGGUGCUGGGCUGGUGCAACGUCAUGUACUUCGCACGAGGAUUUCAGAUGCUGGGACCCUUCACCAUCAUGAUUCAGAAGAUGAUAUUUGGAGACCUCAUGCGCUUCUGUUGGCUCAUGGCGGUGGUGAUACUUGGCUUUUCAUCAGCCUUUUACAUAAUCUUCCAGACAGAGAACCCCACAGAGCUGGGCCAGUUCUACAGCUAUCCCAUGUCUCUGUUCACCACCUUUGAGCUCUUCCUCACCAUCAUUGAUGGGCCUGCCAACUACAGCGUGGACCUGCCCUUCAUGUACAGUGUAGUGUACUUUGCCUUUGCCGUCAUCGCCACCCUCCUCAUGCUCAACCUGCUCAUCGCCAUGAUGGGCGACACCCACUGGCGCGUGGCCCACGAGCGGGAUGAACUUUGGAGAGCACAGGUUGUUGCCACUACUGUCAUGCUGGAACGGAAACUUCCACGAUGCCUCUGGCCUCGCUCUGGGAUCUGUGGACGGGAGUAUGGACUGGGGGACCGGUGGUACCUUAGGGUAGAAGACAGGGUCGAUCCCAACAAGCAAAAGAUGCAUCGUUACACAGAAGCGUUUAAGACCCAGGAUAAGGAGGACUUUGACAAACGCUCAGAGAAGCUGGAUGGGGAGUUCCCCUACAAGAAGGACCUAGCACCAGUUGCUCCUUCAGUGUCCCGGAGCACAUCCCAGAGCAGUUCCCACCGUGGCUGGGAGAUCCUGAGGCGUACCACCUUCAGACAACUUCAAGGGGAAGUCAACCAUGCCAUGGAAGAGGAGGAGGUCUACCAUGUCUGA